GCAAAGCCUGGGUGGCCUAGGCUCGACGUCGCGCUAAUAUUUAAUGUGCGGCCUUCCUCAUUGCGGCACUUAUGAAGUGUGCUAACCGCACGCUGAUACAUUUGAAACCGUAUUCCACUCCUUCCGUUAAGGAAGAAGAUAAAUGCAUGGAUAUAUCUGCUUGAAAAUUGCAGGAUACUUUCGUGUGAUAGCGCAGUCGAUGUUGUAACAGAGCACGUGUGUGAAAGGGCGCGAAUGCGUGGAGAAACCGUUGGUUUUCUGCCAAUUUUGAACACGUUCUUCCAACACUUCCACCGACAGCUGUGUGAAACCAGCGCUCGCAAGAAAAAUGCAUCUAAAAUGUUUCGUGCGUCGUGCAGUUACACCUCAGUGGGGCAUUAAAGCCAUACGGCAAAUGGCAACAUUUAUUCCGGAAAUCCCGCCAUGUGAUGAGAAGCCAGAGCCUUACAAGGGAAAACCAUGGACAGAGAUUGUGGCCCUGCGAAAGCACCACUUGAAUCCAAGUCUGAGCAGCAACCUCUUGUACAAGGAACCCUUGCUGCUCACACAAGGCCACAUGCAGUGGCUCUGGGAUCACAAGGGGAAACGCUACCUUGACAUGUUUGCUGGCAUUGUUACAGUCAGCGUUGGUCACUGCCACCCGAAAGUAGUUGCUGCUGCUGAGAACCAACUGAAGAAGCUCUGGCAUACAUCUAAUGUGUAUCUUUAUCCCACUGUGCACGAGUUUGCUGAAAAACUUGCUGCAAAAAUGCCUGGGGACCUGAAAGUGUGCUACUUCACUAACAGUGGCUCAGAGGCCAAUGAUCUGGCUAUGAUGAUGGCACGGCUUUACACAGGAGCAUAUGACAUUAUUGCCCUGAGAAAUGCUUACCAUGGAAUGAGCCCAUACUGUGCCAGCUUGUGUGGUGUUGGCAGCUACAAGCACCACAUACCAUCCAGCUUUGGCGUAUUUCAUGCAAUGAAUCCUGAUCCAUAUCGAGGUGUUUGGGGUGGCUCCAAGUGUCGCGACUCCCCAGUCCAGGCAGACCGCGCCUGUUCAUGUGGCACAGAAUGUCAAGCUGCCUCUCACUAUGCCGAUCAGCUCAGUGAAGUACUGCAGCAGUGUGUCUCCAAGAGGAGGGUGGCUGCGUUUUUUGCUGAGAGCAUACAGGGUGUCGGAGGCUCUGUGCAGUAUCCAAGAGGCUAUCUUAAGAAAGCCUACAAUUUAAUCAAGAAUAAAGGCGGCCUUUUUGUUGCUGAUGAGGUCCAAACUGGAUUUGGAAGAACUGGUGACCACUUCUGGGGCUUCGAAGGUCAUGGCAUAAUGCCAGAUAUUGUGACCAUGGCAAAAGGCAUUGGCAAUGGCUUUCCACUAGCUGCAGUCGUCACAACACCUGAAAUUGCCAAAGCCUUGGAUGCAGCGAGCUUUUUCAAUACAUUUGGUGGCAACCCUGUGGCAACUGCUGUUGGGUCAGCUGUUGUUGAUGUUUUGGAUGAAGAUGGCUGUAUGGAAAAGAGCCGUAUGACUGGAACUCGACUACUGCAUACCUUAGAAUCACUAAGGAAAGAAUACACUGUGGUCGGUGACGUCCGAGGCAAAGGGCUCAUGAUUGGCGUGGAACUUGUGGAGAGCAAGGAAACAAAAGUGCCCCUUGCAGCAGUCAAAGUGAAUGCCAUCCUUGAGGACUGCCGUGAAAUGGGCCUUCUUAUUGGCAAGGGUGGUCAGCAUGGGCAUGUGUUGAGGAUCAAGCCACCAAUGUGCAUCACUGAGGCUGACGUUUGCUUCACGGCAGCAGUGCUCAAGACAGCCAUUGCUCGUGUUCAAGAGCAGUGACAUGCUUUGUCAUUCAUAUCUGUGCUUUUGCUCUACAGCUGGCGGUUGUAUUGUGUCAAAACCCAUUACCUUACAUGUACUGUCAGCGCAAAUCCAAACAUGAACAAGCAAAAAGCGACUAGAAUGUGUUGCUGCAUUUCCAGGUUCUAUGCAUCUUCAGUGGAUUAACUCAGGCUCCAAAAUGUAUGUUUUGGACUACACCAUGCUUAGUAGUACGUGUUGCUAGGCUAGUCGGUUCAUACUGAAAGAUUUCAGACCAUAACACCUAUGGCCACUUUGCAAAAUGGAAAUAAAAAAAGGGGGAUGUGCUUAGAAACUGGCUCCCGUGUAAUUAAGUGUAAUGUGCAUUCUGAUGAUUUUUUUUUUCCAGUUCAUAUUUAAAUUUAUGGGGAUGACACAAUUGUGAACAUGAGUAUACCCAGGAUGUGCAAGUGGAUUGAUUGAUGGAUAUUGUUUUUUGGCGCAAGGGCCAGAAAUGACCAAAGUGCAAGUGGAAACAGUGCGCAUUCUUUUGUGGAUAUCUGUGUUUUCAUGCUGUACUGCAACAUGAUGCUUGUGACUAACGACUAUGUUAUGGUCACUGGUAUGCCAACCAGCUACAGUCAAGAUGCUGGCCAUUGGUAGAGUAGCCAUGUGUGCUGCCAAACAGACACUUCAAGUGUCAUGGUAAAGGGAAGCAUGCCUACAGCAUUCCUUUCACUGCAAAAUGAUUUUAAUGGCUUGGCUAAGUUUGGAAUCAGUUUUACUAAAGUGACAUACAACCCGUCGAGGUGGCCCACUGGCUAUGGCGUUGCGCUGCUGAGCACAAGUUUGGUUCCUGGCCGCGGCAUCCUGAUGGCGGUGGAAUGCAAAAAUGCUUGUGUACUAUGCAUUGGGUGCAUAUUAAAGAAACCCAGGUGGUCAAAAUUAAUCCGGAAUCCCCCACUACAGCAUGCCUCCUAAUCAGAUUGUGGUUUUGGCACAUACAAUGCCAAAAUGUAAUUUUUAGUUAAUGUGACAUACCUUGGCUUCCUAGCAUGCACCCGUCAUCAUGUUGCUGCUCAGUGGUACCUUGCACUGUGUUCAAAGUCGAGAGCCACAUUGCUGAACAACAGAAGUGCAGGCCUCAAGCACAGUAUGAGAAGCGUGUGCUCUUGAGUAGUCUUAAACCCAGCAGAUGGCACAACAAUGCAGUUCAGAUACUGCUAGCAUGUCCUGGGCAUUUUUCUUUGCGAUAGUAUACAGCAAAAGAAAUGUCAAGUUUUGCUUUUGCAUUUUAAUAAAAUCUAAAGACAGCCACUUUGCUAAGUGGCACAUAACAUAAUGGUAACUUAUUUUUUGCCAGAGGCUAGCUUUCAUAGUCUUCACAAAGGACCUACAGUCAAUGAAAAAUUGCCUCUGCAAAAUGCUGGCACAAACAGUUUUUACAGUAGCAUGCCCAGUAGUACCCUAGCCAUCCCAUGAAAUUUUGCGUCCAUGAAUUAUUUAGAAAUUUCACAUCGGAAUAGAAUUGCAAUAAAAUUUGAACAGUUACUCACAGUAUGUUUAAAGUUAUCUGUCAAGCACAGUACAUACUAUAUGUAAAGCUGAUAUUCAGGCCGAUUACACACUCUCUGUACCCCCACUCCCUCCAUUACUUUUUUCAUUGCUGACAUUGUAUUUCUGUUGUAUUUACACAGUUAUGCAUUAUACUCAGCUUAGAAGGCCAAAAUUUGCAGAGAUUACUGUUUUUUUUUUUUUUUUUGGUGUGCUUUCAUUUGAGUUUACAUACAGCUUGUUUAUUAUGAAAUUAAUUUUAAGAUAUGCCCAUGUGUAUAAAUAAAGGAUGCCCCUUCGUCUCUUGAACUCCAACUGCACACACCCUGCAAUGUCAUUGUUCUGUCUUGCUCAUGGUA